AUGGGUCCCCCCGGCAAAGGCCCGCCGGAUACUGCGUGCCGCCCACGAGCUCCUUCAGGAGCUCGUGCACGCGCUGCGCGAGGCCCGAGAUGGCCAGCAACCGGUCCGAGCAACAACAACAACGGGACGGCAGAGGCGGACGAGGGCCUGAGCCUCGGGGCAAAGGCGGGCAUCGACGCGGGCAUGGGCGCUGCCGUGCUGGCCGCGGCGUUGGGGUUUUUACUGUUCUGGCGAAGGCGUCGAGCAGCCACAGGCCGCAACAAGGACGUGGCGGACGGGGCGGCGGACGGGACGGGAGCCGAGGCGGGGGAGCAGCUCGUUGGGGGCGGGCACGAUUGCAGCCAGAAUGGGCAAGCCGCAGUAGAGAAGGACUGA